AUGAUUAUGAAUAAUGGUGGUCACGAAAAGGAAGUUACUAUAGGAGAUGUUGUUGGAUGUGUGGUUCAUGGAUGUUUUUAUUUUGUCACAUCAGAGGGUAUUUCUAUAAUUCUACCCUCUAUUUCAUUGGAAAUAGCUUCUGGUUGUAUUCCUGUUGAAGCGAUUGCUCUAUGGAUUACUUUUUCAUUAGAGAUGCUUGCUGGUGUGAGUUUGGUAGAAGAAGGCAUCCUGAGAUUGGUCUUUGCUGUUGUUGGCAACACAUCACAAGGACUGCUGGUGGAUGAGACAAUAAUUGGUUUGCAUAGUACUAGAUCUAGUUUAGGAGCAAUUGCAUGUCCAUUCUUUUCUGACAUUAAUGAAUCCUCUGACAACACAGUGGCCAUAGAACGAGGCUCUUUUGACAUGGAGGGAAACAUAAGAUUACAUAAAAGUGCAGGUAAGGGUGUAGCUUCAGAAACCGAAGAAGGAAUAAUAUUUCAGCAGGGUGACCACGGGGAAAUGCCAAAUAAUAUUGGAAGGCACACUAGUGCUACUGCUGUCUUUAGUAAAGUUAAAGUUGUUCUCCUAUUGUAUUAUUAUAUGGUGGCUUGGCUUUUACUUUACGUUUCUUGUGUUUUUGAUAUGAUAGCAGGUCAAUGUGGGAAUAAAAACUUGUACAAUGAGAAGAUUGCAGGAGAGGCUAAAGACAAGUAA